AUGGCUUUUGCUCCGCCAGCAGGAGGGCGGCAUUGCCCUCCAACAAUCAUCUACCCCUCACGGACGCCGCUUCGGCGCUCAGUUCCUUCUCCGCCCGUCUCUACUCCGCCGGCACCGCCGCCGGAAUCUUCGCAUGCUACCGUGGGAGGUUUCGGCGAAACACAAAGCUCGUCUUUUGUGGCUUUGUCACAAUCGCAAGUGUCAAUCACAGGGGCGCGUUCCUCGCUCUCAUCUACGGAGGCUGUCAAGUGUGCGGUGAGUCAGCGGCCAGGCUCACCGCUCCAUGAUUUUCCAAUCACGGUGACGCGCCCGUCAACUACCUCGAGCAUGGCUGUUCGUUUUUCUUCAACAUGCUCUGUAAACGGUAUGACACCGAAAUCUGCAUCGUUCAAACAUGCGGAUGCGCGAGUGGAUGGUAUUCAGGAAGGCUUGACGGCCGCGCUAGCGACGGGCGUGGACGGUACUGCUGUAAUUCCGAAAGAGCCUCCACAGCACGAUGAACAGCGUCUCGAAGAUUCCGAGCAAGAACAGGAAAGCGAUGAAUCCGCAAUGCAAGACCAUUUUCCGGAGCCAGAGCUGCUCCGCACAUUCCGCGACAAGUGCAGUCCCAUCAAUGGGGUUGCGUUUUCUCCCGACAUGCAGUGUAUGUACACCUCGAGUGACGACUGCUCCUUGCAUAUUUACUCCCUUCAGAAGGGCGUGUGCACGCGCGUCUUGCACGCGAACAAGUACGGCGUUCACAACAUCCGUAUUUUGCCCCACUCUCUUGUCCACCAUGUUUCUUCAUCGUCUGCCUCUUCUCCGUCAUCCUCAGCGGGCGGCGCGGGGCCACACGGGCUGCAGCAGCCUCACUUGCAGCCUCCCCCGGGAGGGGCCGCUGGGGUGACGUGCCUGUGUCUGUGCGGAACGCGCGCUUCAUCGGCGCCGGCCGCCUCGAGCCCUCCGAAUACGCACGCAGUUGGGGCAAACCGGACAGGCGCCCCUGCCGCGUCAGGAGUCAAGGCUCAGGCUGGAAAAGGGAAAGCCGCUGAGGGCGCGGCCGAACCGGGGCCUGGUCGGCCCCCAGCGACGUCCGGCUACACGGCGUUCGCGGUGCGCCUAUGGGACCUUGCGGAAAAUCGCUAUGUCCGGACUUUCCCGUUGAACGGGAAGGUAUGCCGCGGGAAUGGCCUCUGUCUGCACCCGCAACGCAACACUUUCGCCUGUUGCAGCGAGGACGCAAUGGUGCGCCUGUUCGCGUUGGACAAGGAGCAGCCCCUGUGGUCUCGGGCGGUUGCCACGUCCACCCCCCUCGCUGCAUUCGACAGCGAAGGCCUUGUACUUGCCGUCUAUGAAGGGCAAGGCGACGUGACGUUUUUCGACGGCAAGCACCCUCAGCACCCGUUCCUCCGAUUCUCCAUUGGGAAGCUGUUGCGCCGCCGCGCCGGCUGCGGGUCGUCUCCAGCGUCUGAUAUCUCCAAGACGGUUUGUCGGCGGUGUUCCUUGCCUCUGCGUGUCAAGGCCAGUGCGGAAGACGCUCCUGAAGGCAGCGCCGAUUCCCAUUCGAUGGCGAAGUACUGCCACUGCGGCGAGCAAACGCCGCGAAGCGCGCCUGGCUCGCCAGAAUGCGAGAGCGACUUCGAAGAAUGGCCCACGAGUCUGUUGUUUUCUCCUGAUGAUUCAGAGCUAGUCGUGGGAACAAGCGACGAGAGGCUCUUGUUCUUCGAUUCCACGACGGGAGAGGUGCUGCGGGUUCUGAAGACGCAGCGCCGGGAUGUGCGCCGACAUGCACCUCCAACCGCUAGUGCUGAUUCACCAGCGGCGACGCGCGGACAGGGCGACCGCAAGCAGGGUGAACCGGGAGCGGCAGGCGCGUCUGAAGCGGGUCAAACAGCUGCGUCGGGGCGAAACAGUAUGGAAGGGCGUGGAUGCUGGGCUGUAGAGUCUGAGCAGAUCAGAAAGGCUCUGCGAAGGGACGUUUGGGGGGAGCCGGCGCGACGCCCAUGUUUCGACAAACGACGGCGUGGCUCGAAUGACGACGGAGAUGAGGGGAAUACGCGAAGUGAAAGACGCAGAAGGUCACAGUCAGGAAGGGAGGAAGGGCUGGAGAGGACCUCUUGCACGGAACUGGGUACUGGAUCUGCGGCUGCGGCGCGCUCCUCGGGGCGCGCUGCACGGUCUGCGAGGUCGGGAUCGCUCUCACCGUCACGCGGCGACGAGCGCGUUGACGGUCCGUCUCUUUUUGCCAUAUCGCCUAUGCCAUUUGGAUGUUCAUCCUCGUGUCCGGAUUGUUGUUCGACUCCGUCGUCCGUCUCCUCUGGCCCGAGGGGCCCUGCCUCGCUCCCAGUUUUUGUUCCCGCUUUCACGCCGUGUGGCCGGUUCCUGGCAGUAGGCGGAGCCGACCGGUACGUGCACAUUUUUGACCUCCACGCGCGAGGAGGCAAGGGGAAAGAAAUGUUUGCGUUAGGGCGGUGCGAGAGCGACCCCCAGUUUGUGGUGUUCAAUUCAAAGUUCGAUGUCUUGCUCACAGCAGGCUUGAAUGCUUCCGUGUGGAGGCAUUCCUUUAGCCGAAAGGUGCAGCCUCCUCUCACGUGUUGGACGUGA